CUCGCUAUACGCACCGAGCGGAGAAGCUCUCAAAAUCAGACAGCGGCCAGUCGGCUGACAUACUGCUACAACCAUGAACUACCCCCUCACUCUGGACAUGGACCUCAUGAACUACAACCUGGAGGACCUGUACAAGGAAUUAGGGAGCUACAAUGACAGUACGGAGACCCCCAUAAAGGAAAACCACCUCUGCCUCACCGUCGAGGGGCCUCUGCUGACCUCCUUCAAGGCCGUGUUCAUGCCCGUGGCCUAUGGCCUCAUCUUCCUCCUCGGUAUGAUGGGCAACAUUCUGGUCCUGGUGAUCCUGGAGCGGCACCGGCAGACGCGCAGCUCCACUGAGACCUUCCUGUUUCACCUGGCGGUGGCGGACCUCCUCCUGGUCUUCAUCUUGCCCUUCGCCGUGGCCGAGAGCUCCGUGGGCUGGGUCCUGGGCAACUUCCUCUGCAAAACCGUGAUUUCUCUGCACAAAAUCAACUUCUACUGCAGCAGCCUGCUCCUGGCCUGCAUCGCCGUGGACCGCUACCUGGCCAUCGUCCACGCCGUCCACGCCUACCGCCACCGCCGCCUCCUCUCCAUUCAUAUCACCUGUGCGACCAUCUGGCUGGCCGGCUGCUUCUUUGCCUUGCCGGAGAUCCUUUUCGCCAAGGUCAGUGAACCCCAUUACAACGACUCCCUGCCACACUGCACCUUCUCCCAGGAGAACCAAGCCGAAACCAAUGCCUGGUUCACCUCUCGCUUUCUCUACCACAUCGGAGGAUUCCUGCUGCCGAUGCUGGUGAUGGCUUGGUGCUACGUCGGGGUGGUGCACAGGCUGUGCCAGGCCCAGCGGCGCCCUCAGCGGCAGAAGGCUGUCAGGGUGGCCAUCCUGGUGACAAGCGUCUUCUUUCUCUGCUGGUCACCCUACCAAAUCGUUAUCUUCCUGGACACCCUAGCGAGGCUGAAGAUGCUGGGCAGCAGCUGUGAGCUGGACAGCUAUCUCUCCGUGGCCAUCACCAUGAGCGAGUUUCUGGGCCUGGCCCACUGCUGCCUCAACCCCAUGCUCUACACCUUCGCUGGUGUGAAAUUCCGCAGUGACCUGUCACGGCUCCUGACCAAGCUGGGCUGCACCGGCCCUGCCUCCCUCUGCCAGUUCUUCCCCAGCUGGCGCAAGAGCAGCCUCUCGGAGUCAGAGAAUGCCACGUCCCUCACCACCUUCUAGGUCCCAGCCCCCUCCCCUUUGUUUCAGCUUUCCUUGGGGCAGGCAGUGAUGCUGGCAUUGCAGGAGCUAGGAUCCGAAGAGCUUGCCUUGGCCAGUAUCCUCAUACAGGGCAGCUGGAGGAACCAACCCCUCCUUCCAGGACAUCCUUGCCGGCUCUUCUCCCAGCCCCACAUCUAGGCUGGGGUCCAGGGAGGGGACAGCAUCCCAAAGGCAGAGCCAAGGAUACCUGUGCCCUCAGGCUGAGAGAACCACACUUGCCUUCUCUCAUCCAAACCAUCCAGUGCUCGAGGAACAAAUUUUACUUCUGCCCCUGCCGAUAGGGAAAGUCAUUCCCCUUCCAGAACAUAGUCUGUCAUCUUAUGGACCACAUACCUCCAGAACCACCCGCAUCUCCUCCCACCUCACCUGCCAAAAGAAACUAGAAGCUGAGCACCAGGGGUUGGAUGGAGGUUAAAGCCAAAGAAAGGUCAGUUGGCAACAGAGCGGGUGUGGCCUUGACAUGUCUCAGUGACUAAGAAGCCCAGACAUUCUUUCAGGUCACCAGCCCUGCGGAGUUCUGACCAGGCAGAAAGCUCAGGCCGACCCAGUCCACGUGGCUGCCUGGCUCUGCUGAAAACGGCGCUGGGCCAGCCCCACAUCACUGGACCCUGGGAGGCCUACCGACUCAGGGCAGACUCCAGGCACCCUCAGGGACAAGCCAGCAUCCUAGAGAAGAUAUAAGGGCAGAUGAGAGGCACCCCACCAAGGAAAGGAAAGAUUCUCCUUCCUCCGCUCCAAGGAGGCAAACGUAUUCACCAAAGCCAGCUGUCUUCUCUGCCCAGGGCAGAGAGCUCCCAGUGCUGUCCAGGGCCCUGGUGGGUCUGGGAGCUGACGGGGAAGGAGACAGAUGCGUUCCCCCGACCCCUCUCCCCACAAACUACACUGCCAGGGAAACCCCUGGAGCCACAGAGAAAAACCCAACCACAGCAGGGGGGGCACUUAGCCAAGAGUCAGUGGAGAGAGAGACCUCCUGAGGAGACAGAUCUAAAGGGUCCCUGGGGGUCAUCUCAUCCAGCCCCCUGCCUGCAGGCCAGGCCAUCUUUCUGGACCUCAGUGAGAGCCGAGGAGCUAGGCAUUGUGACAAGCAGGCCUGGGCAAGGAAGUCCCCAGGCUCCAGGAAGCUGAGCCCUGCCCCGAGAGGGUACUACUCAAAUGGAACCGGAGGAAGCUGCUCUGUGCCAGUCCUGCCCCUGCCCCCUUGCCUGCCACCCUGGCCUCUGGUCUGACCAGAAUGGGACUCCUGCACUUGCCGACGGCACGUGUUGGUUGCUCAGGCCCACUCAAGCCCGUCAGCGGAGGUCCUUAAGAAGCCUCUCUGCAGGGAAUUUUAGAUCUGUGACCCAGGGGACUCUUGUCUUCACCGUGGAACACUGGAGAACCCUGGGGUCCCCUGUUCCUCCCAGCCUCCAGUAGUAAGCUGGGCAGUGGAGGCGCCAGACAUGAAAGAAAGCAAGAAACUAGAUGUUUAAUUUUGUCUUUUUAAUAAAAAGGCACCUAUAAAACAGGUCAAUACAGUACAGGCAGCACAGAGAGCCCCGAACAAGCCUAAAAAUUGUCUCAAAAUAAAAACGAAGAUGUCUUCACAUAUUGUAUUUAUAUAUUUAUAUUUAUAUAUAUAUAUUUAUAUAAUGGUACAAAAUGGCUGGGGGUGUGGCCACGGAUGGAGGGAAGCUGGCCUGUGGAGUUCACCUUGGAAAGCUAGUCUGGUGGCAGAGGUGGGAGGAGAGGGGCAGGGGGAGGGCGUCAGGCCCUUUUCAGUUUGACCCGUCUCUCCUCUGGGCAGGAAACACUUAAGAGUCGGCUUGGGGAGUCUUGGGUCAGGGGUGGGAGGCUCAAGGGCACGGGGCCCAGGUUGAACACAGGGCGGGAACACGUCUGGUGGGGCGGAGGGCAGGUGGCCCCUGAACCCAGAGCCCCAGGCCCUGGCCCCCCCGGGAGGGGCUGGGGGAGGCAGGAGUCCACAGCCAGCCCUGGAGGAAGCGCUUGACCUGGCCGACGGGGGACUGAGGACAGCACCAGACUGGGAGAAGCAAGGACAAAUUCCCUUUGUAUCACAGCUGCCGAUGGGAGCCCAGGCCCCCUCAGGUCAGGAAGGCCAGGGACGGGCCAUGGCGGAAGACCCCUCGCCGAGAAACGGGCCUGGGUCCUGGAGGCGGGCACGGAAGGCCUCAGCCAGGGAACUGCCCCGCCACCUCACAAGGCAGGAAAGGAAGUGAGAAAAGGAGAAGUGUUUUACUCCUGGGGCCAAGGGGGGGGCAAAACACCCAACCGUGUAUGGCUUCAGCUCUGACCAGAGGAGGGGAGCUCUUCUGGGAAAGGGCCGGGGGCUGACUGAAAGGCAGUGGCUGUGCCUGGGUGGGCAGGGAGCCCCGAGCUCUGGGCAGAGGGGCCGUGCCAGUGAACCGCGGAGGCAGAGAGAUGCAGAGGACGCAGCCCGGCUCCGAGCCGAACACUUUCUCUAUUCUGUCCUCAGCAGGUGGAGGCAGACAGACUGACUGGGCCUAACCCUUUUCCUUCCUUCUCUGGUGAUAGGAAGGAGGUGGCAGCCUGGGAAAGAGUUGGGGCCCUGGGGGCUACCUGGCCCGGAGCCACUGCAGCAGGCAGGGGACCCUCGCGGCCCCCUCCAUGCCAGGGGGCCGCCCGUUCAGCCUCUGCCUCGUCCUUCUUUCCUUCAGCCCAGACUGGGGACCAAGGACUUCAAGUUCUGGCUUUAAGAUGUAGCAGCAGGGGACACCAGACAUCCACAGCUGGGAAGCCAGGGCCCCCAUGUCGCCUGCGUGGGGCAGACACGCGUGCACUUGCAUGCGUGCUCCUGAAUCGCUCAGCAGCAGACAGGCUACCGCCCUGGGAGGCCUCAGCCCUGCUGGGGCCCACCAGGUGGGAGCCUAAGGUGGUCUGACCUCAGUUUAGGUGCAGGGGUAGUAGCUAUGUCAUUUCACCGCUGGAGGAGGGCACAGGAAUGGUAUCCUUUCUGGACCCAAAGACACUGCCCUGCAGCGGGUAGGUGUGUCGGACUGUCUGCCCCUAGGUCCAGGGGAAAUGGAAGGGGCAAUCAUUUGAAGGGGUGGGGGUGGGGGGCGUGGGGAGGGUUUCUUUUAUCCUUUUUUUUUUUUUUCUGAGUGACUUCUAUCAAACACAGAAAUACAGCACACGCACAAACCGGCACAAAAGCGCAGCGCUCUAUUUACAGCUACAGCUGGCGCCUGCCCACCUGGCCAGCUGCCUGCAGGUUGGGGUGGGAGAGGGGGUCAGCCACAGCAGGGAGAGGAACUGAGGCAGGAGAAGACAGAAGGAAAAAACCGGGGUGGAGGUGGGCAGAGAAACCAAGAGGAGGAAAGUGAAGCUCCAAGAGGAGAGAGCAGUGGGACGGGGAGACAGAGGACGGGGAAACCUCUCUCCUUCCAAUCCGGCCAAGGAUUCGAUACAGGG